AUUGGAGAGAGUGGGGAGAGAAAGAAGAGUAUAUUAAUGGGGGAGAGACAGGAGGACACACUCCAAGUGCGCUAGUCACGCAGCUGUCAUUCGGAAUUACAAAGCCCACACCCACUCUUUCCUCACAUCCAGCAAAUCAUCGUUUGCAGCUGUCGGAUCCCCUCUCUCUCUCUCUUAUAUAUUGUUCCAUUUAUUUUUAUUUCUCUUUUAACCAACCAAUUCCAAGCUCUAUAUUUCUAACAGCUAACCCCAUCAAACAAAAUAAAACACCAACACAAUAACAUCGUUAACUAUAGAUAUCCCAUAUAUUAUUUUUGGUUUCUCUACCUCUUACAUGGAUCGUAUUCGAAGAUAGAUAGAAAAGAUAGGUGGUACAUAGCUUAUUAUCAUUAAACACAAAAAUCACAUAUAUGGAGGAGAAGCACAAGCCAAAAAAAGCAGUAGUAGCUGAUGGAAUAUUAUUAUUAUUAUUAUUAGUGUUAAUAAUAAACGACAGUACUAUCAUCACAGCUUAGGCAACAAAGCAACAGCAGCAGCAGCACAAAAGUUUUGAUCUUUAUUAUUAUCGAAUCGCCUAAAGCCCAAGUUCUCAGUCAUCUAUGGCACACCCACAUUUUCGGUCACAGUUCGGAGACACGACUUUCACAAAAGUCUUCGUUGGUGGUCUUGCUUGGGAGACUCCCACUGAUGAAAUGCAUAGAUAUUUCGAGCAGUUUGGGGAUAUUCUAGAGGCUGUUAUCAUUACUGAUAAGAAUACCGGAAAAUCUAAAGGAUACGGUUUCGUGACUUUCCGGGACCCUGAAUCGGCGAGAAGAGCAUGUGCGAACCCAAAUCCGGUGAUUGACGGAAGAAGAGCCAAUUGUAACAUCGCUUCAUUGGGGAGGCCCCGACCUUCGCCCCCACGAGGAAGAAAUAGUCAAGGUGGGAGUCCCUUUCAAGGAGGGUCACCACAAAAUGCUAUACCAACCUAUAGUGGAGUUCCACCAACAUUACCGCCACCACCACCACCACCUCCACCUUCUCUAGUUUAUCAACCAUACGGCUACCCGACCUACACUCCAGCUGAUUAUGGAUACCAGCAAGCACUAUAUAACACGCAAUAUCAACAAGCACAGUACUAUAAUCAGUUGUACGGAACGCCAUCAUCUUCGGCCAUGAAUGCUCCAUAUUACUAUGGCUAUUCUUAUCAACCUCAACCUCAACCUCAACCUCAUCAUCAACCAACAAGAGGACCAUCAUUUUCGACACCGCCGCAGCAGCAGCGAAUGGUUGCCGGACCACCUUCAUAUGUCUACUAUCCAGCUCAUCACAUGGAAACUAAUAUUGCAUCGUACUCAUCUGGCUACCCUAAUCAAUCACAACACCAACCAAGGCAUCCUUUUGCCUCUUCUCCCACUGAUUCACAGAGUCAGCAACAUGCUUCCACAGAGACAGAAGCUGGAGUCAACAGUUCAGAAAGUCCUAAUAAUACCUAGAAGAUAUCUUCCAUUUUAUACAACAGGCCGGUUUAAAAUCUAAAAUAACUUGGUUAAAAUCUCCAUUAUUCAAUUUCAUUUUAUUUUCGCCUCUUUAUUAAUUCUAUUCUCAAGAGCGGCAUAUUUAUUAUUAUAUAAAAAUUCUUUGGGUCUAAAGCUAGCUGUAACAUUUUGGCUAAUUCUGUUUAAAGUGACUUGGGACAUGUGUACCUUCUUCACAUUCAUAGCUUUGACCAGAAAAGAUAAUUAAUAUCUUUCCCA